AUGCAGUUACGGUCAGGCAGAAGAACCCGAACCCUGCAGGCGGCCCAACCGCCUCCUGCCUCUGAAGACUUGCCCUCCUCCGAAUACCCAUUCGAACUGCAACAGCUGGCGGACUUCCUCCGAAGCCACCCAGCCUACGACGAUCAAAUCAAGGAAUUCUACCUCCCCCACGCGCAAUGGGAGCAACUUGAAGCGGAGUCUGCUCUGGAUAGUAGAUUUGCGGGAUCGCUUGUCAAAUACGACUAUUCCUCCGCCACCGAAAUUCUUUCUCUCAGAAUGCCUAGCGCGAAACACGAUCUCUUCCGAGAAUUUAUCGGAAAUAGUUUCUAUCGUUUUCUCCGAGACCCUGCUAUCGCUAGAUAUACACAGUCACUCAAAUAUCUCGACUCUCUUGAUAUUAUGUAUCCGUCUGACAUCGCUACGCAGGUGAUCCAACGUCAACCUGACAUGCUAAUCAGCAACUGGAAGAUAGGCAGAUGCCCAGUCCUCGUUUUUGAAGUCGGAUACGCGGAGCCAGCAUACAAGCUACACAAUCGGGCACGAGAGUAUAUCGAGCGUACUCAAGGUCGUAUCCAAACUGUGAUCACAUUCAACCUCUCCUAUCCAAGAGGCAAGAGAGCAAGUUUCAUAGUUUGGAGGGCAAGCUUUGGGGAAGACGGGCAGUUCAAGAAGGUCGUUCGCGGCGACACCGUGGUGAUUCGCAACGGACGUGGUGAUAUGAACCCCGAUCCCGCGGCCGGACUCUUCCUGUCACUCGAAGACUUUGGCUUUCCUCCAGGAGUGGACACAGGCGCGGAUCGUCCUGGCUUCAGCGUGUCCAUGGAAGAUCUCUACGCAGACGUGAGAUUUGCGGAGGAAGACGAGGAACUGGACAGAGCCGCGUAUGCUGUGUUGAUCGAGAAAUUGGGGCCGUUUGCGAAGAAGUGA